AUGACUCAAACCUGGAAGUGCGAUCAGUGCGGCCUCCCCGGCGUCCGUCUAUCUACAAGCCAAGACUCCCAUUCGGCAUACUACAAGUGCAUUCCAUGCAACCGCUCCUUAGGCCAAUGCCCCUGCACUACACCUGGAUCUAGAACAACCUCAACUUGCCCCUGUGGCGAAAAUACUCGUUCCGAAUCACCGGGCCUGGACGUCCCUCGCGGUGUCUCCAUGCUUUCUAAGGAGUACCUCCACAACCCGGACUCGGGCUUCGAUGAGGACUGGGAGUCAAAUUGCAAGCCAGGCUUCAUGGUCUCACGAUUCAAGGCUGCCGGCCAUGAGUUGCUCUGGGCGUGA